AUGCCGCCGGCGGCUGGGGAUGGGGUCGUCUUGCCGGAGGCGACGGACAAGGACGACGUCGAGGCCUCGCCCGCCGCGUGCUGCCGCAUAUGCCUUCAGCCCGACUGCGCCCGCGGCGAUGAGCUCAUAUCUCCCUGUAGGUGCAAGGGGACACAGCAGUUUGUUUAUCGUACAUGCCUCGAUCACUGGAGGGCUGUCAAGGAAGGGACUGCAUUUUCACGCUGUACUACUUGCAAAGCACAAUUCCAUCUUCGGGUUGAGUUUAUGGAAGAUGACAUGUGUCGUAGAAUGAAGUUCCAGUUGUUUGUUGCUAGAGAUGUCUUCCUUGCAAUACAAGCAGUCAUUGGUACCAUUGCUGGUGUGGCAUAUCUGUUGGAUAGAGAUGGAAAAUUAAGAAACAGCUUUACUAAGAAUGGAGAUCACAUCCUGUCAAAGCAUCCAGUUUUGUUCUACUAUUGUCUUGGUGUGUUGGUGUUCUUUGCACUGAUCGGACUUUGUGGGCUGCUGUUACACUGCUUCUCCUCCGACAACACCGACCCAUCAUGCCUGGCCGGAUGCUCCUACGAGUGCCUGGAAUGCUUCGCGGCCUCGGGGGAAGCCUCCUGCCUCGUUCUUGCUAUCGUCGUCGUCAUCGUCUUCGCCAUCCCUGGUGUCAUCUACGGCUGCAUCGCGGCGACUCUGGCCUUCCAGAACAUCAUGCAACGCCACUACCACAUCCUCAACAAGAAGGAGCUGACAAAGGUGUACGUCGUGGAGGACCUGCGAGGGGGGUACGCGGCGCCACCCAAGAUGGACCCGAAGCACGAGCAGCGCCUGAAGAUGUUGCAGCUCAUGUAG